UUCUGUGGGUAACAGAAGGAAAAGGUGUCGUUAAAAACCACUUUGAUGUCUCUCUAUACUUCAGUUUUGCCCUUGCCGUGACCAACAGGUCUGUGAACCUCACCGAAGGUUUCCCCUAUAUCAGCCUCUGUGGAUCUUACCCCCCUCAGAGUUGCAUCUUCAGCCAGCUGCUGAACAUGGGAGCUGCUAUGGCCGCCUGGAUCUGCAUUAUCCGUUACCACCAGCUCCGGGACUGGGGAGUCGGAAAAUGGUUUAACCGGCUGAUCCUGUGGACGGGGCUUCUGUGUGCCCUGGGCACCUCCGUGGUGGGCAAUUUCCAGUACCAUAGGCAAAAGAACCAGCUGCCAACGCACCUGAUAGGGGCCUUCUUUGCCUUAUUCGUGGGCAACCUCUACUUCUGGCUGCAGCUUUUUCUCUUCUGGAGGAUGAGGAGCCUGCCCCAGCCUGGGGCCCCCUGGAUCGGACCGCUCCGCCUGGGCCUCUGCAGCCUCUGCACCAUCCUCAUGGUGGCCAUGGUCAUCCUCCAUUCCUGGCCGUUGCGCUCGGCCUCUGCUGCGUGUGAGUGGGCCAUCGCCACACUGCUGUUCACGCUCUUCGGCCUGUUUGCUGUGGAUUUUUCCUGCCUGGACAGCUGCACCCUAUGUCUCCAGCCGGGCCCCAGCCUCAGCCCCCCGCCGGCCUCCCCCAUCUCCCUGCAGAUCCCCCUGUGAAUGGCAGUCCGGGCGGUGUGGUCUGGCCCUGGUGCUGUUGUCAGGGCCAUCCAGGAAGUGAGAGGCCAAGGCCAGCCAGCCAUCCCUGCUCAAGGCUAUUUAUUAUUAUUAUUAUUAAUUU